UUAGGAACCCCCCCCUGCUGUAAGUAGGAGGCAGGGAGCAAGUGAGCAAGUCUCAGUUGGGGUUUAGACCGAAGGGAUUAAGAACUAAUCCAGGAGCACGGACAAUCCAAAGAAGCCUGAUCUUGGCCAAGGAGACUCAGACAGUGCUGGAUUAUAUUUCUCUUCUUCGCCCUUUUUUUCUGCUGCUCUUCUGGGUUCUUGGCUGACGACGUUCCAGGAAAGCGAGGACAAAGCAUGAUGGUGAGGAGCAGACCAUGCGUGACUCUGGCGGACUGGCAAUGACUCACAGUCCCUCAGGAAGAAAACAUCUUCUGCAACCUUCUGCCAUGGACCUGAACUGACCUGUGAUCAGACCUGGGACACAAACUUCCGGUCCAACAUUCCAUCAGACAUGAGUCGAGGCAAGCGUCCCGGGAUCAAGGGCCUGGUGUCCGGCUCCCAGGAGCGCCGUCGUUUCAAACGCGACCUGUCCGUGGACAUGAUCAGCCCGCCGAUGGGCGACUUCCGCCACACCAUGCACGUGGGCCGCGGCGGGGACGUGUUUGGAGACACUACCUUCCUGAGCAACUACGGCGGCGCCAAGGAACCGGGCAGCCCGGACUCGGCACAGAGCUCCAAGUCCAAUAGCUUUUUCACGCGCACUUUCAGGCACAUACGGAAGAAUUCCGGGCCGCGGGGAGAAGCGCGGGACUUCUCGUCGCCGCCGCCAGACAUCUCGCCCAUCAUCAAGAACGCCAUCUCGCUGCCUCAACUCAACCUGGAUUCUCCAAACGGAUCCCUGCAAAGGCUCACUAUCCCAAACUCCAUCAGCUCAACAGAUGGCUCUAUCUGCACGUACGGUCUCCAGUCCGGAUUUGUCACGCUGCCGCGCUUCUCUCGCCCGGACAAAGCGUUCCCAGACGUAGACGUCCUCAGAAGAUCUGUGCGCGAGCAGCGUGGCAAAGCCCCGACCCGCUCGGACUCCCUGACCUCCUUCAGCCUGGACCUGGGGCCCUCCCUGAUGACUGAAAUCCUGGGCUUGUUGGACCAGCAGACCGCAGGUGAGGAGGAGGACGGCUGCUCCGCAACAGAGACUUUUCUCAGCCCCGUGGCCAGCUCCAAUAACUCCCCGAAAAGGAACGCCAAUGGUCAGGAGGACCCCCGCAGCACCAGCAGGACGGAGGAGGACGGGUCUCAGGAGGACCCCCGCAGCACCAGCAGGACGGAGGAGGACGGGUCUCAGGAGGACCCCCGCAGCACCAGCAGGACGGAGGAGGACGGGUCUCGUCACACGUCUCCUGCCAGGGCGGAACCCGCCAUGGAGUCUGAGCGCUUCCAGAAGGCGGCGGACAUUCUGUCUCGACAUUACGGGGGAGGCGCCGUCAAGAGGAGCUUUUCCAAAACGUCCUACAGCUUCUCGGAAGAAGAGGAGGAAAUCAAAGUGUAGAUGAGGACAUAAAACUGCGGGAGUUAUUUAAGACCUAGUUGGAGCUGGAAUGUUGUCACUUUGCAUACUCACGUGGAUCUGUGCAUGGAACUAUGACCUGGGAUGUCAGACCUCCUGAUCAACUCAUGACAUUCAUCACUUGGAAUUAAUCACACAACUUCAACUGUUUGGAGGAAAUAAAUGUUCUAUGUACAAACCCCAAAAGCAGUGACGUUGUCAGGUUGUGUAAAUGGUAAAUAAAAAGAGAAUACAACAAA